UGAAACCGUAGUAGGUGGGAAUCGGGCCACAAUUCACGUUUCCAUUAAAGAAUUUCUUAUGUAACCAAAACCAAAUUCGUUCUUCUGUCUCAACUACCGCCACCCAUCGCUCAGAUUCGUUCCCCCGUCUCUUUUUCUGUAUAAAUUCGCACCAUUUCCAAUCUCUGUUACAAUCUUCGCCAUCAAUCCAUCAAUUUCUUGUCGGUGUCAAUGGCGAGCAGCAUCAAAGUCCACGGAAUCCCCAUUUCCACAGCCACCUGUAGGGUUCUAGCUUGUCUGUACGAGAAGGAGCUUCAAUUCGAGCUCGUUAAUGUCAAAAUGCACGAAGAGGAACAUAAGAAAGAGCCCUUUCUCUCACUCAAUCCGUUUGGUCAAAUUCCUGGGUUCCAAGAUGGAGAUUUCUCGCUUUUUGAAUCCAGGGCAAUCACGCAGUACAUCUCGGCAAAUUAUGCUACUAAUGGAACCCAAUUGAUUUCCCAAGACCCCAAGAAAAUGGGGGCCAUAUUAACGUGGGUUGAGGUGGAGAGCCACCAUUUUGACCAAGCAGCCAUGAAAGUGAUUUGGGAGCUCUGCUUAAAGCCAAUGUUGGGUUUGGGUGAGGCAGAUGCUGCUGUGGCUGAGAAAGGUGAAGCUGAGUUAGGCAAAGUUCUUGAUAUCUAUGAGAAGAAGCUGGCUCAGUCCACGUACUUGGCUGGUGAGUCCUUCACUUUGGCUGACCUGCACCAUCUCCCUACUUUAGACUACUUGAUGGGGACACGGUCCAAGAAACUGUUCGAAGCUCGCCCCCAUGUCAAUGCCUGGGUGGCUGAUAUCAUGGCCAGGCCAGCUUGGGCCAAGGUGCUUGCUCUGCGCACCCAAUAGAGCCUGCCCUUGGCAUGGCAGGUGAGUUCUUCACUAGAUGGGUGAUGAUCAUAUAUUCAAAACUUGAAUAAAAGGCUGUGUUCUCUGGUCUGUCUUUUUCGUUUUGUGAGAGCUCUGUUUGUCACUUGCUGUGUAUCACAUGUAUCAAGGAUUGGUGGUUGUGUAGUUCUGAAUUUGAUGCUAUGAAUUGGGAUUUUGUCUAUUAAUUCACUGUUGUUUUUAGAA